AUGUCUGAAAAGGACUCAAGUGUUAACGAUUUGACGCAAUUCUUCAAGAAAUCCCACAAAAUUGAAGACAAUUUAUAUUUAGGUGAACUGAAGUUAGCGACCAACAAGACAGAGCUCAAGACUUUGGACAUUAAAGUGAUUGUAUCUGUUGUCGACUAUAAUAUGCCUGAAGUGAAGAUACCGGACAUAAAGUAUUAUCACUUCCGAGUGGCCGACGGCCCCAACGAAGACAUACUCAGUAUAUUCGGCGAAACCAAUCAAAUCAUAAGCGACUGUCAGUCCAAAGGCGUCAAUGUGUUGGUCCACUGCACGGCCGGCGUCUCCCGGAGCGCAACCGUUGUCAUCGCUUAUCUCAUGUCUAAGCAUAAGAAACCCUACAAAGAGAUAAUCCAAAGGGUAAAAGACAUCCGGAAGAAGAUAUCACCGAAUGAUGGCUUUGUUAAGCAAUUGAUUCUCUACGAGGAAUUGAAUUACAGAAUCGAUGCCAACGACAAGAAACUCAGACAACAUUUGUUGAGAACUUUGUUUCUCAACACAAAUAUAAGCAACACUUCUGACCGCUAUUUUCAACGACUGGUUGCUGUUGAGAGGCUCACACCUAAUCUGUUGCCCGGAAAGGGAUACCUGUGCGCCAAA